UAGUUAGUUUUUUUUGCACGGGGGAGCUGCUGUGCGGAGAUUGGGGGUGUCCCCUGGAGUGUUUUCUUGUUUGUCUUCUGUUUUAUACCUAGCUGUAAAGUCAUCCAUGGUAGAAAGUCACACACAUGCUAUCGCUAACCAUUCGUUUUAGUUAGGACAGUUGAUUUUAUGCGCUCGAGCUAUUGUUUUUCAGUGGACGUUUUUGUUGGUUUUUUUUACAUCAAAAGUUUGACCUUUUUAUUAUUUUAGAAUUAAACAUUAGAUAUGCUUAUUUAAGUCGUCGAUGUUAGAUUUAUCCGUUCGCUAUGUUGUUGACAGAUAACCAGGUCUGCCUCAGUGAUUUCACGUCUGUAACGGACUCAAGUGAUGAACCGAUUCGAGCUGCGGUUCCUCCGUCUGUGGAGCUCGGACUCACCAUUGUGUAUACCAUCCUAUAUUCCCUGCUUUUUGUGUUUGUUUACUUGCAACUUUGGCUCAUUUUGCGUUAUGGACACAAGCGCUUCAGCUACCAGAGUGUCUUUCUUUUUCUCUGUUUGCUGUGGUCAGCGCUAAGGACUACAUUAUUUUCAUUCUACUUCAAGAACGUUGUCCAAGCGAACCAGUUGCAGCAUUUCCCUUACUGGCUUUUGUACUGUUUUCCAGUAUGCCUCCAAUUUUUCACUCUGUGUCUGCUCAAUCUCUAUUUUGCACAGAUAAUGUUUAAAGCCAAUGCGAAAUAUUCUCCGGAGCUUAACAAAUACAGGGUGCCCAUUCGCUUGGCGUUCAUCUUUUCCAGCCUUUUCUUCCUCGUGGUGAACCUAACAUGCGCCAUGCUGGUGCAGGGUGGCAUUGGGGGCGACGUGGGCGAGGCAGAGGUGAGGCAGGUGGUGCUGGCCCGGGUGCUGGUCAAUGACAGUCUCUUCGUAAUCUGCGCCGUCUCGCUGGCUGUGUGCAUUUUCAAGAUCGCCAAGAUGUCCUCUGCCAACGUCUACCUCGAGUCCAAGGGUACGUCAGUGUGCCAGGCUACAGCCAUCGGGGCUGCAGUCAUCCUGCUCUACAUGUCCAGGGCCUGCUACAACCUGGUGGUGGUGGCUCUUUCUCCAGAGGACCGGCCCAGCCCCUUCAACUACAGCUGGUACAACGUCUCUGACCAGGCAGACGUCGAGAAGAUCAGGGGAGAGGCCUACAUCAUCUUUGGGAUCAUCCUCUUUUUCUGGGAGCUGCUGCCCACCAGUCUGGUUGUGGUCUUCUUCAGGGUACAGAGGCCCAAUCAGAACCUAGCACCAGGAGGAAUGAUCAACAGCCACAGCUUCAGUUCCAGGGCCUAUUUCUUUGACAACCCCCGGAGGUACGACAGCGAUGACGACCUGUCCAGGAGCAUCAACUCCAGAGCAGAUCGACCGAGUAGUGUCUUGUCCACGACGCCCCAGUUGGGCCCCAGCUGGUACGGCUCCACCCAGAGGAACGGCAGCCUGACGGGGUUCCCCCAACUUCCCAACGGCCCCCAAACCUCCACUGCCCCCCUCCUCUUAGCCUAUGGAAACAUCCAGCCCGACCAGCACCAUAACUACUACUCCACCCCCCAGAACUACAAUGCCACCCCCCAUAACUACUAUUUCACACCCCAAAAUCACUACUGCACUCCUCAGAUCUAACCACCCCCACCGGCCCCAGUAGAUACCCCUGAAAACAA